AUGUUUGGUUUUAUGAAGAAAGACAAGGACAAGGAGGAUGAGAAGAAGAAGAAAAAAGACAAAAAGGACCGCAAGGAGGCCAAGCGAUCUAAAGAUAGAGCCACACUGACGCUAGACGAGCUCAAGAGACUAGAUGAAGCUCGACGGAGUCUCAUUGGAAAGAGCAGAAAGAAGAAGGAGGAUAAACUACCCAGUGGCAUCACGGCUGACUACAUGGAACAGUUCAGGUCUGGGCUGGGCAGUGAUCAGUCCGAGGUGGAUUUGAGUUCGGCUGGAACCUUCCAAGAGCUGAGAGAGCGCUAUGAGGCCAUGGCAUCAGCCUCAAGCCUCCACAGUGACUCAAGCAGCGAUGGGAUCUCACUGAGGUCUGGUUCUGGUCUUCCUCCGAGGCCUCCUAAGAGAGGGAUUCUAAAAGGCCGUGCUGAUGGGGAGGGGACAGAGUAUCAGGGCGUCAAAGGCGAUAUAGAUGACGAGUCUAGCCUGCUUCAAAACACUAUGCAAAAUGAAUUAAUAAUGUAUGAAAAUCUCCUGCAGGAAAAAGGGAUAGUAGAAGCCCAGAGAUUGUCAAUCACGUCCUUAACAAGUCCCCGUAGAGUGUCCAAUGGGUCAGCCCCUGUGAGCCCGAGAAGCCCCCCGCAGAAGGUCAUGAGCCCCAUACAACCCACACAUCCUAAGUUCAUAGUGGAGCAUGCACCCCCUGAGGUGCCUGACCCCACCAGUCCACCUCCUACACCCACCAGUCCCAUUCCUGUAGGAGAGAGUGUCGGCCACCAUCACACCAAAACUUUUGCUGUAGACCUGAGACUACCAGAACUAGUGCCUCCUCAGCCUCCAGCACCACGCACCCUCACCAUCCCUCGCUCACCAGCAGGAGACUUUGGCUUCUCAUUGAGGAGGGCGCAGGUUGUGGAGCGAGGUCCUGACAACUCCGAGACCAGGCGCACUAUUGUCUUUGCUGAGCCAGGUGCUGUUGGAAGGGCCAAUGUCACAGGGCUCCUACCUGGUGACCGGUUACUACAGGUCAAUGGCAUUAGUGUAGAAAAUAAAAUACGUGAUGAAAUAAUUGAACUAAUCAAGGCAUCACCCGACUGUGUCACACUUGUGGAUGAUGCAGUCAUUUGGGAAAUUAUAGCAUUUAUUUAG